GGACAACUCACUCACUCACUCACUCACUCACCCAACUUAUUCGUCAUUUUGAUGAGCCUCUCACUUAUGUUCUCCUCUUGGCCUUGAUCAAAUCAUCUCACCUGUUCGGUUUGCGUUGUCCUUCAUUUGCCCUCGACUCCCAUAUCAUAGUAUAGGAACAAACCAACGGAUCAUCCCCUUUAAUCGAGUCUACCACGCCUGAAGGGGAAAAGGAAAAUAGCAUCCCGAGCCGAGACGACACGGCUUCACUAUCUACACUCUUGCGUACAACACCAACACAACCUCUCCGACUUUACCGCCCGCUUGCACCAACAACGGCCGUGUGUGCUGCGUCAAGACGUCGUGACUUGGCUACACCUGACGGAAGCCAAAAUACCCCGGAACCUUUAGACGUUUUUGUCUCCCCUCCGCUGGCCUCUGAUACCAUGCCAUUUGUGGACCAAACCACAAACCUCAGCCGUCUUCCGUCAUUGGACAACCGCAUCCCGUGUGUGCUUGCUACAGCCGUUCCCUUUUAGGAAACGAACUUCCGACCCCAUUUCUUCACACCUUGCCAUCGUGGCCACACCUUCAUUCCUCUCCAUUCUUCGAAUCCGCGUCAAGGUUGGGGGCGACAGGCAUCACCAGUCAGACACCAAGGCUCGUCCCGUCCUUGGUUGAUUCGGGACUCUGUCCACGUGCAGUAGCACCUUAAUUCAAAAGCCGUUGGUUGUUGAACAUCAAGUCCUGCGGAAAGAGGGGCAUACCAUUUCUGGCCCCCUCUGUUCAGCCACUCUUACAACCUCAAAGAAAUCCUUCAGGUCUAGACACCUUCCAAUCAAGGUGAUCGCUCGCCAUCAUGGAUGUCGCAAACCUGGAAAACAUUGUGCGAAGCUACGGUAUCGCCAUUGACAGGCACACCCUUCAGGCAGCCCUCGAUGACCCAGAGCACGGAACUGCUUUUACCGAAUGGGCCCGCCUUCACCUUGGCCCCGAGAACCUGCUGUCCAGAGAUGAACUUGCCUUGUACACAGCCCUGGACAGAUCCGGCCAGAUCGACAAGCUGGUUGAAUCGCAGGAUCUGGCUGCUGUUCAAGCUGUAAGCGAACGCGAGAUACAGACUGCCAUUGAGGAGCUCAACCGGUCGACUGCUGCCAUUGUCAAGCAGACCGAGACCUUGAAGCAGCAGCAGGAUGCCCUGUCGAAGCUGGUCAAGACACAUUCCAGGGUCGAGGAGGCUCGCUCCGAUCUCGUCUUCCAACGAAACCAGAAGCAUGAUGCUGAGCGAAGGAACAUGAUGACUACGGUCGAGGAGCUGUCACAAAGUCUAGAGUAUAAGGCGUCGGACCUCGAACAGCAAACCAAGGUUUCUGGCAACGGCCUGCAGCAGACUUUAGAUAGCCUGCUUCGCUCCGACGACAAGCUUCUUUCGAGUCUUCGCAAGCUGGGGCUUGAACUUGAGACUGAGGACCCCGAAGAUCGUGAAAACGUAGAAAAGCUUCGUGAAAUAUGCAUGAGGUUGAUCAAAUACACCGUCGAAACGGUACGCGCAAAGCUGGAUAGACUCUACCUCGAAGCGUUAAGUUCCGCCCACCAGAACGGCGUGACAUCACACCCUUCAGACGACGUCAAAACCUCCCAGGAGGAACUGGAGUCUCUCUACGCAGAGAUCCUUCCCGUAGCUCAGAUGUCGGUGGAGCAGCAACACCUCGAGCCGGCUCUGAAGUCGCUAUCAAGCAAGAACGGACAGUCUCUGCGCCGCUCCGCCGCUGCAGUCAUCUACAUCGACGAGUGCCUGGACUACCUCCUUGACCACAUGGACCGUCUCUACGCCCGCAUAGAAGCCUAUCAGUCCCACCAAACAGCAACAUCAAGCCUCCUCACCACGGCCCGCGCAGAACUCUCUACCCCAGCCGCGACGCCAAAGAAGAAGACGCCGACGCAGGACCUCGUCUCCCCCGUCCGUCGCCGCAACAACACAAACCCCGGGAAAUCACCCACCCGCGACGGUACCAACCGCCGCCGCCGCUCCUCAGCCUAUGACGAGCCACCCCUCGAAACCCUUUUCCGUUCCCUCGCCAUCGCCUUCCCCGAAGACGUCACCGACGGCGCGGGCCAGACGGCCGUGUUGGCCGCUACCUUGGCCGAGCGGCAGACGAAAGCCCGCGAUGUGGCAAGGAAUGCACAGAAGACGCUGGAGGGUACCGCCGCGACGCAGCUUGCGGAUUCGAAGCUCGCGAUCCAGUUCUUGCGGGAUAGUCUACUAGCCGAGAGUCCGUUUGGGGAUGUGAGGCUUGUGGAUGAGGGGAUUGAGGCGUCUAUUGCCGUGUUGGGGCAAGAGGUUGAGAAGGUGAAGGAGAGGGUGGAAAAGGUGGAUGCUGGCAAGGCGAGGUUGAGGAGCGAGAGGAAGAGGGAGAUUUUGGAGCGAUGGGGGCGGUAGUGUUCUUGUUGGGUAGCUUGAGAUGGGUCGUCUCGAUGUUCUCCAGCAUCCAUAUCUCAACUUUCCAAGAGAUAAUGUACCACAUACACUUUUAGGGUGUCGACCCGAUCCCCGUCUUAUCCUAAUCGUAAACGGUAUCGACCCAACAUGACGGUAUUCCUUGUCCCUGGAGCUGGGACCUGGAGCUGGAAUCGAGUCAUGGCAGCCGAAUGAAUCGGCCAUCUCAAUAUGCCCCAGAAUAUUUGGUACCGACCCCAUUGUUCCCCUUCAGACCCUCUCAGUCUGACUCCACGCCAAGACGCAAAUGCCAAGAUCGGGAUCUUGGAGAAUAGGUAAGCAGUCCAAGGCGGAAAUAAGAACCCAC